AAGAGGCGCUAGACGCCUAAAUAAGACGUCUACAGGCCCGGCGCCAGCCUCGGGGUUUGACGGGAUUGUGGCGGUCUUCUCUCCCAACUCGGAAGCUACCGCUGCCUCCCGACGCUCCCAAGAUGGCGACCUCUCUGGGUUCCAACACCUACAACAGGCAGAACUGGGAGGAUGCGGACUUCCCCAUUCUGUGCCAGACGUGUCUUGGAGAAAACCCAUAUAUCCGAAUGACCAAAGAAAAGUAUGGAAAGGAAUGCAAAAUCUGUGCCAGGCCAUUCACAGUGUUUCGCUGGUGUCCUGGAGUCCGCAUGCGGUUCAAGAAGACUGAAGUAUGCCAAACCUGCAGUAAAUUGAAGAAUGUCUGUCAGACCUGCCUCUUAGACCUAGAGUAUGGCCUGCCCAUCCAGGUUCGUGAUGCAGGAUUGUCUUUUAAAGAUGACAUGCCAAAGUCAGACGUCAACAAAGAGUACUAUACACAGAACAUGGAGAGAGAGAUUUCUAACUCUGAUGGAACACGGCCGGUUGGCAUGCUGGGGAAAGCCACGUCUACCAGUGACAUGCUACUCAAACUGGCCCGGACCACACCCUACUACAAAAGGAAUCGGCCCCACAUUUGCUCCUUCUGGGUGAAAGGAGAGUGCAAGAGAGGAGAGGAGUGUCCAUACAGACAUGAGAAGCCUACAGAUCCAGAUGACCCCCUUGCUGAUCAGAAUAUUAAAGACAGAUAUUAUGGAAUCAAUGACCCUGUAGCUGAUAAGCUUCUAAAGCGGGCUUCCACCAUGCCUCGUCUGGACCCACCAGAGGAUAAGACUAUCACCACACUAUAUGUCGGUGGUCUGGGUGAUACCAUUACGGAGACAGAUUUAAGGUUUGUGGAUGAGGUGGGACAAAGUGCUGACAGCCUGUGUGCGCGUGUGUCUCCCAGAUCCCAAGCUGCUAGAGGAAAAGAAAAAGAGAAGGACGGAACCACAGACUCUGGAAUCAAGCUAGAGCCGGUUCCAGGAUUGCCAGGAGCUCUUCCUCCUCCUCCUGCAGCAGAAGAAGAAGCCUCUGCCAACUACUUCAACUUACCCCCAAGUGGUCCUCCAGCUGUGGUGAACAUUGCCCUGCCACCACCCCCUGGUAUUGCCCCGCCCCCACCCCCAGGUUUUGGACCACACAUGUUCCACCCAAUGGGACCGCCCCCUCCUUUCAUGAGGGCUCCAGGACCAAUCCACUACCCUUCUCAGGACCCUCAGAGGAUGGGGGCUCACGCCGGAAAACACAGCAGCCCCUAGCACAUCGUCACCACCCUGGGGCUCUAUGGAAGAAAGGGCACUCAGAAAUCCCAGUGCAUCUUGGAAUAAGUAUAGUUUUCCUCCCCUGUAGUUUCCGUGGUAGCUGAAUGUGUUCAGAUGUGAGCAGAGACCGACAGCCAUGCUUUCCUACACAUAUUCAAAGGAUCGACGGACCUCAAAUAAGCUGCCAUUAACACAUCUGAUUACUACUAAAACAUGACUAAUAAAACCCGAUGCCUGUUCCCCUUACCUGUAUGGGGGACGAGCGGAUGAGUGAGUUGGAAUGUCCAAUGGAGUUGCCAUCCCAAUUAUAUGUUCAUUUUGUACCUUUUUUGGGGGGGAAAAAUUGACCUGCAGUAAAAAACAUUUCGACCAUUUUUAUGUCCAUCGGGUAUUUUCGUUUUAUCAUUUAAAAAAAAAAGAUUACUAGUACUAAUCAUUGUAGUGACCUAAGUGUGAUUUAACUCUUGAAGUCACACCCUCAGAAAGACAAGUAGAAACCAGCACCAGCACAGCACAGCUCUUUUCUUUCCUCUCCUUUUCCUCAUUUAUUAGAAGGAAUCUGACUGAUGGGUUUACUUCUGCACGCCAGCAAAACAAAAGACAAAAAUAAAUACUACUUUUUAUUCCUGUCAAUCAGCUGGAAACACAAAUUUCAUGAAGCUGUGUAUCAUUGAAGAAACCUGGUGUCUGGGAUGAAAUUAUUUUAAAGAACUUCCUGUAAAACACUUUCUUUAACAAACUGAGAUGAAAAGUAUUGGAGCGUGUUUGAAUGGAAGACUUGUGACCUACGGCUGCAACUCUGAUCUUCAGCAUUCACCUUCAUGUGUCUUCAGCGUCUCGUUGUAAUUCCCUGCUUCUGUUCGGAAUGUCGUAGAAUGUUUGGGUGUAACUGCAUUGUAGAUGGCAGAGGAAAUUUGAUGUUGUGUUGUGUUUUUUGUUUUUAAAUAAUUAAAACGGGUCAAUUUU